GUUCCCAGGGUGGCGCCUGCUGUCCAUCCAGGCCCCACUCUGGCUCCCACCCGAUGCUGCUUUUGUUCCCACGUUUCGGGGGGCAGCCGGCACUGUGAUUCCUGCGCCAUGAGUGCCUAGAGGCACGGAGCCACCAGGGAUCACCCCACGUGGGGCACAGGGCUUGGGGAGGAUGGGGCAGGACCAGACCAAGCAGCAGAUCGAGAAGGGGCUCCAGCUGUACCAGUGCAACCAGACAGAGAAGGCAUUGCAGGUGUGGACGAAGGUGCUGGAGAAGAGCUCGGACCUCAUGGGGCGCUUCCGCGUGCUGGGCUGCCUGGUCACGGCCCACUCGGAGAUGGGCCGCUACAAGGAGAUGCUGAAGUUCGCUGUGGUCCAGAUCGACACAGCCCGGGAGCUGGAGGAUGCUGACUUCCUCCUGGAGAGCUACCUGAACCUGGCACGCAGCAACGAGAAGCUGUGCGAGUUCCACAAGACCAUCUCCUACUGCAAGACCUGCCUUGGGCUGCCUGGUACCAGGGCAGGUGCCCAGCUCGGAGGCCAGGUCAGCCUGAGCAUGGGCAAUGCCUUCCUGGGCCUCAGCGUCUUCCAGAAGGCCCUGGAGAGCUUCGAGAAGGCCCUGCGCUAUGCCCACAACAACGAUGACGCCAUGCUCGAGUGCCGCGUGUGCUGCAGCCUGGGCAGCUUCUAUGCCCAGGUCAAGGACUACGAGAAAGCCCUCUUCUUCCCCUGCAAGGCGGCAGAGCUUGUCAACAACUACGGCAAAGGCUGGAGCCUGAAGUACCGGGCCAUGAGCCAGUACCACAUGGCCGUGGCCUAUCGCCUGCUGGGCCACCUGGGCAGUGCCAUGGAGUGUUGUGAGGAGUCUAUGAAGAUCGCACUGCAGCACGGGGACCGGCCACUGCAGGCGCUCUGCCUGCUCUGCUUCGCUGACAUCCACCGGAGCCGUGGGGACCUGGAGACAGCCUUCCCCAGGUACGACUCCGCCAUGAGCCUCAUGACCGAGAUUGGAAACCGCCUGGGGCAGGUGCAGGCGCUGCUGGGUGUGGCCAAGUGCUGGGUGGCCAGGAAGGCACUGGACAAGGCUCUGGACGCCAUCGAGAGAGCCCAGGAUCUGGCCGAGGAGGUGGGGAACAAGCUGAGCCAGCUCAAGCUGCACUGUCUGAGCGAGAGCAUUUACCGCAGCAAAGGGCUGCAGCGGGAACUGCGGGCGCACGUUGUGAGGUUCCACGAGUGCGUGGAGGAGACGGAGCUCUAUUGCGGCCUGUGCGGCGAGUCCAUAGGCGAGAAGAACAGCCGGCUGCAGGCCCUGCCCUGCUCCCACAUCUUCCACUUCAGGUGCCUGCAGAACAACGGGACCCGGAGCUGUCCCAACUGCCGCCGCUCAUCCAUGAAGCCUGGCUUUGUGUGACUCCUGGCAGCAGGCGUGGGCUUCCUCCUCACCGCUCCCGCUCUUUCUCCACUGCACACCGGAGGCCCAUUUACUCCUGGGGCAGUUGCCACGGCGUCCUCACCACAGCCAGGGCCUUGGGGCCUGCCCACAGCUGCUCCCCUGGGCCCAGCUCCCCUUCCUGCCUCUUUGUACUUUGCUCUUUAUAGAAAAAUAAACUGUUUGUACCUGG